GAGCAAGGAGGCUGUCACGUGAGGCCUCUAGAUGAAGCACAAUUUUACAUGGGGAGUUUCUGCACACACCAUAAAUUUAGUAUUCUCAAGACCAUUGAGGCUGAUUGCACCUUUCUCUGAUCAUUGCAAAGCUCUUCAAAUUUGCUACCUGUCUUCAAGAAUGGCUCAAGCUGGGAAGAAAGCAGCUCUCAUAGGGUCUGGAAACUGGGGCUCGGCUAUAGCUCGUAUAGUUGGUGCGACCACUAGGGACCUUCCUGAUUUCCAGUCCGAGGUCAAGAUGUGGGUGUUUCCUGAGAAGGUGAACGGGAGAGAUCUCGGGGAUAUCAUUAAUACCGAACAUGAGAAUGUCAAGUAUCUGCCUGGCUUUAAAAUCCCUGAGAACGUCGUUGCCUGUCCUGAUGUGAUUGAAACAAUCAAGGGUGCAGACAUUCUCAUCUUUGUAGUGCCACAUCAGUUCAUCGCACGGAUAUGUGAACAAAUUAAAGACCAUAUCAAACCUGGUGUUUUUGGUAUCUCGCUGAUAAAGGGAAUGGACGUGAAGGAUGGUAACAUUCGCCUGAUAUCUGAGGUCAUCAGUAACGCACUGAGCAUCGAUAUGUCUGUCCUAAUGGGGGCCAAUGUAGCCAAAGACGUGGCCCAGGAAGAUUUCUGUGAAUCUACCAUAGGGUGCCGCUCGACUGAGCAAGGUGAUUUGCUGAAGAAGUUGUUCCACUCGCCAACUUUUCAAAUCAGAAUCAUACCAGAUCUGAUUACCGUGGAGCUGUGUGGAGCACUCAAGAAUAUUGUUGCAGUUGCAGCUGGAUUUUGUGACGGCCUGCAGUACGGCACUAGCACAAAGGCAGCAGUGCUACGUAUUGGCCUCGGUGAGAUGUGGCAAUUCAUUAAGAUAUUUGGUGGCCAGGACUCCAUUUCCCUCUUGGAGAGCUGUGGAGUGGCUGACCUCAUUGCUACUUGUUUCGGAGGUAGGAAUAGACGAGUGUCUGAAGCUUUUGUCACAAGUGGGAAGUCAUUCGAGGUGCUGGAAGCUGAAAUGCUCGAUGGUCAGAAGCUGCAGGGACCACUCACUGCCAAAGAGGUGCACGAGUAUCUCACUAAGGAAGGAAAAACGGAUCAGUUCCCACUGUUCAACGUUGUACAUAGCAUCUGCUACGAAGGACUGCCCCCUAGUGACCUCCUCAAGUCAAUAGCUAAACUCUAGGAUUUUGUGCAAUUGUUAGUUGCCUGCUAUUAUUUUAGACAAAUUAUUUUUCUUAGAUUUGUAUAUAUGUUGUGAAUUGCAUUUGUAUUCAUAAAAAUUAUUUGUGUUUACCUG